UCCUUGAAGAUAUGCUGGUUGAUCAGCAGUCAGGACAACAAGAUAACACAACAGCAGAGAUCAUUAUUUUUUAACAACUGGGACUGUGGCGAGAGCGACGGAUAUCAAAACUACGUCUGGAUUUCUUUCCCCCCCUCUGCGUUAUCACGACGGGGAAACAAACCUUUGAUUAAAUCAGUUUUUUUGAUGGGAGAAAAGGACCUGCCUGGGAUUUGGGACUCCUCUGGAAUAACGUGCAGCUACCCUCGCUAACAUGCCACUCUGCGUCUGAAACAGCAGCAGAGCGGGACCCCUGGAUAUACCUAGCAGCGUAUACACACACACCGAAGGAGUCCAGUGCGUAUAGACAACCACGUAUCCUAAUGUUGCCAAAGCUAUGCGGUGGUUUCGUUUUGCAGCGCUACCCGGUUAGCUAGCUAGCUAGCGCGUCGGCUCGUUGGUUUCUGCAAGCCGGGGACGCGGCGCUUACGGUCGGCGUGCGCGCUAACGCCAUGCCGGUGGUCGAAAGGGGCCUACUGGUCGUGGCGGUUUCCCUCAGCUAACGUCGGCUGGAUGUAGCGGGCCCCCGGAAUUUCUACGUGUUAGAUUAGUCGCAGGGGUAUUUGUGUUUAAAUUUGAAAACAGCCACGCGAUACAACUGAAAACAACAUAUAUGGAGAGGAUUAGUUAGAUCAGAGCAUCUGCUACAAGCUCCACAUGUAAACAAGCCUGGCAAGUGUGUGUGAGAGAGUCUGUGGUUGGAGGUUAGCACUAAAUAUUCAAGUUAAUCCUUUGUUGUUGUCUGUAACACUAGUUCUAGGUGUUAAGGUUAAGCUCCCAGUGAUUCAGUUAAGUUCAGCAAUGGGCUUAAAAGUCGUGGAUGUUGUUGAUCUGCAGCGCUGUCAGACAUAUCAGCCAUUCAUUCAUGAUUGAUGACCCUUGAGGAAGCAGACCGUCUUUCAUCCAUCUCCACUACAGCGAAACCACAACGCUAAGCCACUGACACUUUCUGGAUUAUAAAGGUUUUGUCAUUAUCAGGUAAAUACCGAGAGCCUUUUUAGGGGGCCUGUUUCAGCAGCACUUUAUUUUUCAAGUCCCCACUGACCUCACUGGGACUCCCUACAGUGUAUGGGAACAUGAGGGACUGUCUGUUUGAUCUGAACCAGCAUCCAAGUAGCUUCAAGGACUGAUCAAAGCCCAACAGAGAGCCCCAUUGUGUGGACUACGAACUGAACUGAACGGGGAAAGAGAUGGUGGUGAUAAGGGAGGCCCACUGACUGUGUUUGAUCCCACACCAGGAAGCAGAGGAGUGCAGACAUGAGCCUCCGCCAGCCCACAUCCACCCUGGACAGCCCUUUUGCUGCUUGGCUCAACAGUCUGACAGCCGGCGAUUCGGAGCGCAGAGGCCCUGCCAGCCAACAGAGAGAGGUGACGAUAGAUGAGAGUUCAAGUCCUGGUCUGGUCCACAGGUGUGUGGUGGUGCAGAAAGACCAGCUCGGUUUCGGCUUCACUGUCUGUGGAGAGAGAGUCAAGCUUGUGCAGAACGUCCGACCAGGUGGCGCUGCAGUCAAAGCUGGAGUACAUGAGGGGGACCGGAUCAUUAAGGUGAACGGCUCACCGGUCUCCACCAUGACUCACCAGGAAGUGGUAAAGCUCAUAAAAUCCGGACCGUACGUCGCCCUAACACUACAAGGACCGCCCCCGUCCGCCACCUCCGUGCCCUUGGAGCCCCUCCCUUCAGACUCUACGCCCAAUCAGAGGUCUUCUCUGACCGGGGAGGGUCCACCCCCUCCGCCUCCACCCUUGCCCUCCGGACUGGGCAGCACCCCAUCCCAAAGAAUCACUGGACCCAAACCGCUACAAGAUCCAGAAGUGCAAAAACAUGCAAGUCAGAUACUCAGGAAAAUGUUGGAGCAGGAAGAGGCUGAACUCCAGGGCUUGAUGGAGGAAUGGUUGAAGAGCCCGUCGCCGUCGCUGGAGGAGCGCAUCGAGAGCGCCAAGAGGAGAGCUCACCAAGUCAGGGUCAAGAUUCAGAAUCAGGAGGGAACGGGAUCAGAAUCUGUCACAAACUACAUCCAAGCAGGAGAAGGACGUUGUUACAGAUCUUCCUGUUCUCUCACAGGACGGCUGUCGAUAGACUCCAGUGAAGGAGACUUGGAGGCCUUUGAGAGUCCCAGCUCCUCCCCCUCAUUACCCUUCAGGACCCCCUAUCACCGACGCCAGAACUCGGACACACACACCCUGUCUGACACGGGUGCUAAAGCCCAGAUCAUCAGCCCUGAGGAUGAAGAUGAAGAAGGUGAUGGCUAUGCCUUUAAUGAGAUGGACGGUCCCUUCCAGGACAUCGAGUUGUUGAAGUCACGGCCGGCACACAUGACGGUGUUCAUGAGAUACGUCUUCACCCAGCUGCUGGACCCAAACCCUCUGCUGUUCUACCUGUCUGUAGAAGCGUAUUUAGGCUCCACCCCUAAAGACGCCCGCGCACUCGCGCCUCAGAUCUGCUCCCACUUCCUGGAUCCAGAUGCUCCCUUGAAAAUCAAAGUGCGCGAGGAAUUUCUGACAGAAAUAGAGAACCGCCUUCAUGCCCAGGAGGACAUCCGAGGGCCUCUGUCCGAGCUGCAGCAGCAGGUUCUGCCUGACAUCCAGGAUCAGAUUCAAGACUACAGGAACAAGCAGAUGAUUGGUCUGGGCUCUCUGUUCGGAGAAGGAGACCUGCAUCAGCUGGACGGAGACCCCCUGAAGGAGAAGCAUGUGGUGGACAGACAGGUCGCCGCUCUCUGGGAGAUUCUAUCAAAGCAUGAAGAGGACAGAAGCUCUCCUCUGGCCUCAGCUGUGCUCCUCUACCUGCGACACUCCGGCAUCAAGCUCAGAGACUCCAAGGUCUUCCUCGGCCUGAGCACGGAGAAGGACAAGUGGCUGGCUUUUCUGAAACCCAAAAAGCCGAGCAGCGUGAAGAAAGAGAAAGAUGGAGAGGAUAAGAAGAGAAACCCCAUCCUGAAGUACAUCGGCAAACCCCGGAGCACAUCUCAGUCCACAUUCCACGUCCCGUUGUCGCCCACAGAAGUGCGUCCCGGCAGCGUGAAGAACAUCAUUCAGCAGUUCGAGAACCACACAGAGCUCCCAGGAGAGGAGGAGGGGGAUGCUGUGGACCCCCAGAGGCUCUCCUCCAGCAGCUUGGGAGAGGAAGGCAUGGACAGUCCCACGGUCUCGGUGCGUCUGGGGCGCAGCGGGUCGUUGAAGGCUCAGGGUGAAGACCGCCGGCGGGGCACCGUCUCCAGCGGGGACUCGGUGCCCCGCUCUCGCAGCGACGUGGACAUGGAGGACUGCGAGGAGAGGGAGCAACCGGGCCUCCGGCUGCUCCAGCACAGCGCCUCGUCGUCCGCGUCCAGCAGCUCCGCUAGGUCUCUUGAGAACCCUACACCCCCAUACACCCCUCGGUCCAGACGCAGGAGUGUGGACUCACAGCUGGCCCUGCUGCCAGACGCCGCGGUGCUGGAGGACGAGGUGUGUGACGGUCAGAACUGGAGGGACACGGUUCCCCCUGAGCUCCUGGCGACCCUCGGCCCCAGGGAAGUGGAGCGGCAAGCCGUCAUUUACGAGCUGUUCACCACUGAGGUGUCCCACCUUCGGACCUUACGGGUUCUUGACAAGGUUUUUUACCGGAAGAUGAGAUCUGUGCUGAACUCGGAGGAGCUGGCCUGCAUCUUCCCAAACCUGCCUCAGGUCUACGAACUCCACGCGAGUCUUUGUGAGGAGAUGAAGAAGCGACGAGAGAGCCCCAUCGUUCAGAACAUCGGAGACGUCAUGCUGGCCAAGGUUGAAGGCGCAGCUGGAAACGAGUUUCAGGAGCAGGCGUCGCAGCUCUGCUGCCAGCAGACUCAGGCUCUGGAGCUCAUCAAGAACAAAAAACGGAAAGAUCCACGCUUCGCCCAAAUCAUCCAGGAGUGUGAGGCGAGUCCUCAGUGUCGGAGGCUGCAGCUCAAGGACCUGCUGGUGUCCGAGAUGCUGAGACUCACCAAGUAUCCUCUGCUGCUCGACAAGAUCAUCAAAUACACAGAGGGCGGGUCAUCGGACCUCCCGUCGCUGCAGCGUGCCCAGGCUUGUUGCCGAGGCAUUCUGAAGGCGGUCAACGAGGACGUGAGGGAGACGGAGCACCGGCAGCGCCUCAGUCAGUACCAGCGCCGGCUGGACGCCGCGCCUCAGUUCAAGAGUCUGGACCUCACCACGAAGAGAAUGAUUCACGAAGGUCCUCUAGUCUGGAAGAUCGGCAAAGACAAGCAGAUAGAGAUCCAAGCGCUGCUGCUGUCGGACUGCAUGGUCCUCCUCCAGAAAGGCCCCGACGACCGGCUGCUGCUUCGUUAUCCGUCCCGCUGGAUGGGCGGAGGAGGAGGGGUCAUCACGGACACCAAGACCUCCUUCAGUCCCCUGGUGAAGCUGGACUCGCUGCUCGUCCGCUCCGUAGCUACAGACAAAAAAGCUCUCUACAUCAUCAGCACCAAAGAGACGCAGAUUUACGAGCUGGCGGCGGGGUCGCCGUCUGAGAAAGACACCUGGAAGGAUUUACUUGAAAAGACCAUUAAAGCUUCAGCUCCACAGAGCAAUCACGGAUCACUUCCUGCAUCUUCUCCCAGCCUCCGCAGCAUUUCACCUGCCUUAACUGAAGUCCAUCCUGAGGAGGAGCAGUCGGAGUUUAUCGGGAGCCACGUCUCCGCUGACGACGGCAUGCUGGGUGACCGUCCCACCGACCAACCUGAAGCCAACAGCAGCGAUGAGGACCGGGCAGUGGGCGUGGCCGAAGCGGCUCUGCACGACGUGGAAACGCUGCGGAGGCUCCUAUUGCCGGACACGGACGAGGACCGGAGGAGCCACGAUACGGACAGCACCCCCACCAACACCAUGAGCAACGGGAACGCCGACGGACGACAGCAGGACUCCCUGGAGACCGUCCUGGACCUCUGCCUGAGCGAGCCGGAGCCCGGGCAGCCAGAGGCCCCGCCCCCAGAAAGCAGGCAGCCCAGCGCCAAGGUGGUGCGGAGAGCUAUGGUUGCGGGUGCUCCUCCUCCUCCUUCUUCUCCUUUUGCCCCUGACGGCACCGCCGGCGAUGUUAGCCUCCCCUCCGAUCUGUCGUCGCAUUCUAGAGGCGAGGCCGACACGCAGGGGAACUUCUUCUACCUGGUGAUGCCGUUAGACCAAGGAGAGAGCGUCACCGACGACCUCCCCGACCCUCCUACACCCACCGCCAGCCACUUCCCUCAACCUCCACAGGAAGUGUCGUCACCACAGACUCAACUGGAGGAGAAAGAAGAAGAAGAAGUAGUAGCGGCCUGCUGCACAGAGUUCAUCCAAUCAGAUUCAGAAACUAUGCAAAUGGAAGUAGAGUUAGAGAAAGACGAUAAUGACAAUGACGGUGAGGGUGUUGAAACGGACCCGCCUCCAGCUACACAACAGAGUCACGUGAUCAGAAACGCGGAUGAGAUUUUUCUCACCAUCGAGGGCCUGAUGAGCAAGUUGCACAAGCUGAAGGAAAUCGAGAAGGCCCACCACAAGCUGCUAGAAUCUCUCAGAGAUCCCUCCCUCAGCCAGGAGUCGGAGGACCAGCCGUGUCGCUCAGCAACCGUCUCCAGGACGCCGUCCAUGGACCGCAGCUCAGGAGACGGUAAGGAGGGAAACCCGGGAGAUCCCAGAAUCCUCUCAACCGGAUUCUGAGUGGGUGGGUUCGCUCGCUGUCGGCUGAUCUCCACACGCGUCUGUAGGUUGAACACUAAGACGUCCGGCGGAUCUAAACGCACAUCUCGUUUUACGAUGGGAGACGGCACGAUGGAGAUAGAUUAUUGUUUUUCAAGGACGGAAGUCUGGAGAGAGAGAGACAGAGUGAGCUAGGGAAAAAAAAACAGGUAGCAGAAGAAGGGUGAAGAAGGAAGUUUGAAGAACUUGAAGUUUUUGGGGGAGAAAAAAAUGACCAAGUUGGAUUCUUGUGAAGGAAAAAAAAACAACAAGACUUGACGUGUUUUGUAGAGCUGGUUGAAGAAGCGGAGCAGAGAAGUGUUGAAAUGUUAAUGUAAGGAAAUGUUCCUAGGGACCCGUCACCCCAGCACUUUACCCAUAAUGCAUCUCUCCCCCCAAACCCAGCGCUCCCCAGUCGCGUUCGGACCCGACCGGGGAGCAGACGACAGUACGUUUCACGGCCGAAGGACUGUGUCUGAUUAAUUCAGGUCUUUUUUUUUUAUUAUUAUUAUUAUUAUUAUUGCACUGCGUAAGGAAAACCAUAAGUCACACGAACACAAGCACCACUAAACUCACUAAAUCACUGUGGAAAACUCUACUUUUUUAAAAAUUCUUUUCACGUUUGGUUUCAGCUUUCAUUGAAGCUGCAGGAAGGUGGAAGUGUUGCAUUAUUUCACUUUUUUGUUUUUGCUUUGCUUUGGGGAAACACUACUGCUCUAUUUACUACUGAAGAAAAAAAGAAGCAGGUAGGUUUAAUUUCCUUGCUUCCACGGCGUAAAGGGAUCUCCGGAGAUUCACACAGCUGCUCACGUCAUGCCAGGUUGGAUCAUUUGGGGAGGUUUAUGUUCACGUGAAAUAACCAAAUUUUUGGCACCGGCGGUGCUGUAUCCCACGUCUGGUGUUCGGUCUGAACAUGAGGGAAAACUGUAAGUUGUUCGUCCUGCGGUUAAGUCAAGUGUAAAGUUUUUAGGGAGAAGUUCGGAAAAAGCUCUGGGAGAAAAAAAACGUAUUUUUUUAUCGUUAGUAAAUACACUUGGUUUUGUGCAUGUUAGCCUGUUAGCUUAGCAUAAAACCGGAAGAAGUCACGUGUAAAAGACAUUUUUAAAAAUAACAAAGCACACCCGUGAGUACCUCAGAAGCUCGCUUGUUUAUUUUAUACAGAUAAUAACCCGACGAGUCAUAAUGUAAUAGUUACUAGUAGCUGUGAAUUUCAGUACAUUUUCAGCAGAACUUGCUCAACGUUUUGCGUUGGUUCUGGUUUUGCGAAGUAGGGUUCUGUGCAGUCGGUACUUGAUGCAGACUGAAAACAGAAGCAUUUUAGGUUUUACAUGUCCACAUUUUUGAUAAAACAUUGGUAGCAGACCAACUCUUGCAAAUGUCAAACGCAAAAGUAGCAGCUGUUUAGGUGCUAGCAGGGACCGCUACAUUUUUGAGAUUCUGGUUAUUAUAUAUUAUGGCGGGAAUUUACUUUAGUCUACACCCAUCUUUGAUUAGUGUUUGGAUUGUAUAUGAUCCAGCUGCAGGUCGGAUACUGACCACUCGUAACGGCUUCACAGAACCCCACUAACAAGGAAAUAAAGGUUGACAUUUUCCUACACAGUCAUACAAAUAUCGAGCUUAAAGCAAUGACAAUUACCAGCAUAUUUUUUUUUUUUUUUUAAUAAUUUUUCUGUUUGUUGGUGUGUAACUAAUCAAAGUUUGAGCAACCUCCUGGUAAAACGUUUCCUCACAUUAGCUUUUCAAAUCAAUUUACACUUUCGCCAUUUUCACCCAUUUUGCUCUGUCCCAUUUCCUGGAUUGAAAAAAAAAAACCAUUUCAUACCCAUACAACUGAAAAUACCUAUCGUUUUAUUUAUACAUAAUCUUAAAAAUGCUCAAGUCUAAUAUAUCUAUAAAUUAUUUCCUUAAUAUUUGUUAUCGCACCCUACUUCCAUUAACAGUAGUUCUAAUGUUGACUCUUAUGAAAUGUUGACGCCUGAUUGAGCCACCAGAAUAACUGACGGCUCUCCUGCCACGCUAGUUUUAGACGCAUAACUUGCGCAUUGUUAGCGGGGUUUAGUUAACAGCCAUGGUUCUCAAAGAGGGUACGAGCUGACACAGUCAGUAAAAAAAUGGAAGUAGGGUACAUAACUACUAAAAUUAAAAACUUAAGAAAUGGCGAAGAGGCCAAGUGAGAAGCACACGCUAGCAUGUAGCAUCAAGCUACAUCAAAGCAAAACCCGACGUUAGCAUGUAGCAUCAAGCUAACGGUUUUCCGUCUUGAGCUUGCGGUAGAUUUAUGUUGUUUUUCUUUCUUUAUAUGCCUGGUGUAAAAACAAAAAAACUAUUCCUGGAGCGCCCGUUGGGAGUUUUUUAUUUUUUAUUUUAUUUAAUAUAUGUAUUGAAAUGAGAUUGAUCCUGGGUGAGACCUGAACGCAACAUCAAGAGACGCUAAAAACCAAGUGCUUUUCUCCUCUUCUUUUUUUUUAACCGAAUCUCCACUAAUACAUGCUACAUAUUUUUUCUUACUAAUUUAUAUUUUUCUUUACAUUUCUCACAGAAACGUAUCCGAAACACACGGGAGGGGUUUAUUUCCGAGCUGUUAUCAUUAUUAUUAUUGGAAAUGAUUUCCAUCUUCCAAAACCGACGCUGUCACACUACAGCAUCCUCUCCAAUGUGUUGUCAGAACCUGGUUUCCUUUCUGGUGGUGUUCACACUCUCUGAAGGGGGAAACAGGACUACAGUAGCAUGUGUAUAGAUGUAUGAAAUGGAGCUGAAAUGGGAAGAAAAAAAAAACUGAGAGAGAGACAGAUUUUUAUCGCAGCUGAUCCUGAAAAAACUUGCAAACUGGAUCGUAAAGUUGGAAAGUGAUCUACCAAAGUGAGGCGUUGAAGGGAACAUUUUUUGUUUUGUUUUAUUUACCAUUUUGGCUGCUGGGAGUGUUUUUUUUCUCCCAGCACUACAGACCAGCAAAGGGAUGUUUUUGUCAGUACUCAGUUUUGAAAAUUCAGCACAAAAACGGCCCCCGCUCUCCCAAAAGAAAACCCACGACCCCCGCUGGUCUGCAUCAGCUGAAGUCAGGAUCAGUUUCCAUCUAAAUAUCUUUCAUCUCGUCUUUUCUCCUCUCCGUCUCUACUACUCAACUACAGUGGUUGUACUUUCUGUUUCUACCUCUACACUUUUGAAUCUUUCUUUUCGUUGUAUUAACUUGUACAUUGGCAUCAAUGUUGUGACCCUAACUGGCUGAAUUAAAAACGGCUCAAACUGAGGACCCUUUUUUUAAAAAAAUAAACAAAACAUACAUACAUAUAUGUCGUAUUGCACAAAUAAAUUUCCCUGCACAGUGCAAACUACUGUAUGCAUAAACAAAUCUUUAAUUCCCAUCUCAUUGUCUUUUUAUUUGGUCUCGUCGGUCAUGUGUAAUAUAGAGAAAUCCAACCCACUUGUUUUAUAAUGUUAAUUUUUUUUUCUGUUCUGUAAAGCCUUAGUUCUUGUAUUUGAUUUUUAUUUUUGUAGACAUGAUUUUAAUAAAAGGAUGCAUAAAUUAUUUUCUGUUUUGUUUUGUUGUAAAAGAUGGAUGAGUUUGUUAGCUGCACAGAAGGCAAACAGAUCUUUGUUUCUGGUGUUUGUGUUUUUGUGAGAUUAAAACGAUGAAACUGGAAAAGAAAA